AUGUCCAUUGAACCUUCAUUUCAGGUUCUCCCUGUCUGUCCUAUGUGCCAAGAAGUGUUCCCAGCGCUUGACACCACACCUGCCCUCUGCACCAAAUGCACUCAGAGCAAUGGGACCACCCCUUUGUUUGGACAUGAUGAGAAUGAGAAUACUCAUGCAAAAGAGAGGAAUGCAAAGGCACGCGAUCCAAUGAUGCGCUUUGCUUUCAAACCUGUCAGUGAGCAGCUUCAUGACUUACUGCAAGAGCCUGGGACAGAGGAUCUUCUUGAUCAAUGGUGCAGAUUACCUGAUCGGCAUCCAGAGCUCAGGAUAUAUCAAGAUAUUUUUGAUGGCUACAGGCCCGUUUGCUUCUCGGUGCCGAUGGAUCUUUGUUUUUUCGCAAUGAACCUGAAGAUCAUGAGAUGGGCCCAAAUGGAGAGCUUCACAUUGGACUCACACUUGGUGCUGAUUGGUUCUCAUAUCAUCGAUCUCAGCAGUCUACCUCCCACUCAUCAGAGCCCAUUUCGCUAUGUAUAG